AUGGACUUCAUUUUAGCUCUGUUUUGGAUCUUGGCCACGGUGGGUUCAGACUUCGACCUGAGGACGCUGCGAGCGGUCAGAGUGCUGCGACCCCUGAAACUGGUGUCAGGAAUCCCCAGUCUCCAGGUGGUGCUGAAGUCCAUCAUGAAAGCCAUGGUUCCUCUGCUGCAGAUCGGCCUGCUGCUCUUCUUCGCCAUCGUCAUGUUUGCCAUCAUCGGGGUGGAGUUCUACAUGGGCAAAUUCCACACCACCUGCUUCAGGAUCGACACCGGUGAGCGAGCGGCAGACUGGCCCUGUGGUAUGGAGCCUCCGGCCAGGACUUGUCCAAACGGGACCUUGUGCCAAGAAUACUGGACCGGACCCAACUUUGGUAUCACCAACUUCGACAACAUCCUGUUUGCGGUGCUGACAGUGUUCCAGUGCAUCACCAUGGAGGGCUGGGUGGACAUCCUCUACAGCACCAAUGACGUGGUAGGAAACACCUGGAACUGGCUCUACUUCAUCCCUCUCAUCAUCAUCGGCUCCUUUUUCAUGCUCAACCUGGUGCUCGGUGUCCUGUCAGGGGAGUUUGCCAAAGAGCGUGAGCGUGUGGAGAAGAGGCAGGAGUUCCUGAAGCUUCGCAGGCAGCAGCAGAUUGAGAGGGAGCUCACCGGAUACUUGGAGUGGAUCUGCAAAGCAGAGGAGGUGUUGUUGGAGGAGGAGGAUGAGAUUGCAGAGGAGAAGUCUCCGCUGGACGGUGCGUGGUACAAGAGGAAACAAAACCUUCCAGUGCUGAAGCGAGGCAAAGUCAAAAAGGGUAAAAACGACCUGAUCGGCGCCGAGGAAGGAGAAGAUCCUUUCGCUGACAUCUCCUCUGUUGCUCCUCCCGGCUCUCCGUUCGGCCGGGCCAGCGUGAAGAGCGGCAAGAUGGACAGCUCGUCUUACUUCCGCCGCAAAGAGAAGAGGAUCCGCUUCUUCAUCCGGCGAAUGGUGAAAGCUCAGAGCUUCUACUGGAUCGUCCUGUGUCUGGUGGGUCUCAACACGCUGUGCGUCGCCAUCGUCCACUACGACCAGCCCGAGUGGCUCACCAGGGCUCUCUACACAGCAGAGUUUGUGUUUCUGGGUUUGUUUCUGACCGAGAUGACGCUGAAGAUGUACGGGCUCGGGGCGAGGAAUUACUUCCACUCGUCCUUUAACUGCUUUGAUUUUGGGGUGAUCGUGGGGAGUAUUUUCGAGGUGAUCUGGGACAUGAUCAAGCCAGGAGCUUCCUUCGGUAUCAGCGUGUUGAGAGCUUUGAGGCUGCUCAGGAUUUUCAAAGUCACCAAAUACUGGAACUCUCUGAGGAACCUGGUGGUUUCCCUCCUCAACUCCAUGAAGUCCAUCAUCAGCUUGCUCUUCCUCCUCUUCCUCUUCAUCGUGGUGUUCGCCCUGCUGGGGAUGCAGCUCUUUGGAGGACAUUUCAAGACCACGGACACAGGUUUUGGCAGGUUUAACUUUGAAGACGAGACGCCCACGACGAACUUUGACACCUUCCCGGCGGCCAUCCUCACCGUGUUCCAGAUUCUGACCGGCGAAGACUGGAACGCCGUCAUGUACCACGGCAUCGAGUCUCAGGGGGGCGUCCGCCGCGGCAUGUUCUCCUCCAUCUACUUCAUCGUCCUCACGCUCUUCGGAAACUAUACCCUCCUGAACGUCUUCUUGGCUAUCGCUGUCGACAACCUCGCCAAUGCACAGGAGCUGACUAAGGAUGAGGAGGAGCAGGAGGAAGCAGCCAAUAAGAAACUGGCCCUGCAGAAAGCUCUGGAGGUGAAGGAAGUGAGCCCGAUGUCUGCGGCCAACAUCUCCAUCGCUGCUUUUGUAAAGCAAAAUCGAGAUGCACUCUCUCGCAGGUCGUCCGUCAACAGCAUUCAGUCACCCAAGGAGCAGCAGCGCUCGGCUAAAGCCAUGUCAGUGUGGGAGCAGAGGACCAACCAGCUGAGGAGGCACAACCUGAGGGCGAGCAGCGAGGCCCUGUUCAACGAGCUCGACCCCGAGGAGCGCCUCCGCAUGUCCACCGCCCUCCACCUGCACCCCGACAUGAAGACCCACCUGGACCGGCCACUCAUGGUGGAGUCCAGGAACGGCGACAAGCCCAGCCGGCACCCGCCAGAGGGAGGCCGCGAGGAAGCCGGAGACCCGCGGCCGGACGGGGAGACCUUCCACACCCACGGCAGGAAGCACCACCGCCACUGCGAGAGGAACGGGGACGGAGGGGAGGGCCGGGGAGGGAGGCACCACGCCCACCACAGCAGAGGGAGGGAGUACAACGGCGACAAGGAGAGGAGAGGGGAGAGGAGCCAGAGCCGAAACGGAGGCCAGGGACACCGACACCACCCGGCCGGAUCACCUGAGGAGGAGGCCGGCGACGAGAGAGGCCACCGGCACCAUCACUCCCAUCGUCCACCCAAGGAGGGAAACGGGAUGUUGGCCAACGGAGCCCAGGCAGAACGGAGGGGGAGAGGGGGAGGAGAAGGGGAGAGCAAUGGCGAGAGGAAGGCUCGGUGCUCCCGGAUGGCCAGAGCUCAGUCGACUCUGGGCGACGACUGCAAGAGGAGCAAGAACGGAAGCAAAGGUUACAG